AUGCAGUUUCCCUUGCACCCGAACCAAGGAUUGUGGACAUCCCCAAGUAGCGCACAAUUGUCACCUCCAAGAGGAGGAGUGCCCGAAGUGUCCAUUCCUGACAGAAAAAGAUUGCCUGUGCGGAAAGAAGACAUUGAAGAAUCAGCCUUGCUGGAGAACCGAUGUCCUUUGUGGUCUGGCGAGUGUGAGGAUUCUCAACAACACUGCCAGCAGGAGUGCGGUAAGGCGAAGAAGACGUGUGGCCACCCUUGCGAACAACGCUGUCACGCUCCCUCGGCGUGUAAGGAGGACAAACCAUGCCCGUUCAAGGUCAUGAUUACCUGCGACUGCCAACGCAAGAAAGAAGAAGUCCGAUGCAAUGCACGAUCAACCAACCCUGAGCCUUCUGGGCGGCAGACGUCCCUCAAGUGUGACGAUGAAUGUGCUCGAUUGGAAAGAAACCGCAAACUUGCCCUGGCACUACAUAUUUCGGACGACCACACUGACGACCAUGUUCCCUACUCGACAGCCACUUUACAAAUGUACCUCGAGGAUGUUGCGUGGGCACAUGCACAGGAGGAGGCCCUUCGACUUUUUGCGGCCGAUGAGACGCAGAAAAGAUAUCGUUGCCAGCCGAUGAAGAGUCGGCAACGAAGUUUCAUGCACAGCCUCGCCGAAGAUUUUGGGUUUGAUGGAGAAAGUCUUGAUCCGGAGCCACACCGUCACGUUGUCUUGUUCAAAACGCCGAAGUUUGUCGCCGCGCCGAUGAAGACUUUGGCACAGGUCGCACGAAUCAAGCGAGCUCAGCUGAACGUGGCUGCACCUGUUCACAGCGCUCCCGAACGCAAGGCUGAUGAGGUCAAGCAUGAGUACAACGGGUUGAUGUUGACCAAGCCAAAGUUUGCAUUGACAGAAGAUGAAUUGCGGCCGGUGGUCAAGAAGGCAGCACCUACCAUUGACCUUGAUAUUGUCUUUCUGCCUAACGAUGAAGGAGUGGCUCUGCUCCCAUCCAUGUCUUGGGAGACGCCUGAACAGCUCACCACGCUGCUGACAAGCUUACAGCCUACUAUUGCGGCUGAAGUGUCUAGACACAAUUUGGCCGGGUCGGUAGUACUUUGCCAGUUCGACACGACUGGUCUUGAAGUCAAGAUUGUUCAGCAGCAAGGAAAAGCCAGUGACACUUUUACGAAUGGGUGGUCUAAAGUUGCGGCAAGACGGGCUGCACCAGCAUCAGUCCCCCAGGUCAGGCCAGUUGGACAAAGACCUGUCUUUACGGUGCUUGGGAGUCGGCUGGCAGAAGCGAAGAAGAAGAAAGAAGAGAAUGAGGCGAAGUUGAGGAAGAAAGUAGAAGCACAGGUUGUGGAUGAUUGGGAAAAGGAAGUUGAGGAAGAAGAAAGUAAUGUGGUUGAGAACAGCGCAGACGGCAAAAGGGCGGAGGGUGAUAUUGAGACGACUAAUGAGCCGAGUACGAGUCUGGAGUGA